AUGCCUGGCGUCAACGGCACCAACGGAUCUGGCCCUCAGGGCACCUUUCUGUUCACCUCCGAGUCUGUCGGCGAGGGUCACCCCGACAAGAUCGCUGAUCAGGUCUCUGACGCUGUCCUCGAUGCCUGCUUGGCUCAGGAUCCCCUCUCAAAGGUCGCUUGCGAGACCGCCACCAAGACUGGUAUGAUCAUGAUCUUUGGUGAAAUCACCACCAAGGCCCAGCUCGACUACCAGAAGAUUGUCCGUGACGCCGUCAAGGACAUUGGCUACGACGACUCUGCCAAGGGUUUCGAUUACAAGACCCUCAACCUGCUCGUCGCCAUUGAGCAGCAGUCUCCCGAUAUCGCUCAGGGCCUGCACUACGAGCAGGCCCUCGAGAAGCUUGGCGCCGGCGACCAGGGAAUCAUGUUUGGUUAUGCCACUGACGAGACCCCCGAGCUCUUCCCCCUCACCCUCCAGCUCGCCCACAAGCUCAACGCUGCCAUGUCUGCUGCCCGCCGUGACGGCUCUCUUCCCUGGCUCUGCCCCGAUACCAAGACCCAGGUCACUGUUGAGUACAAGCACGACCACGGCGCUGUUGUCCCUAUCCGCGUCCACACUGUCGUUGUUUCUGCCCAGCACUCUGCCGACAUCACCACUGAGGAGCUUCGCAAGCAGAUCCUGGAAAACAUCGUCAAGAAGACCAUCCCCGCCAAGUAUCUCGAUGACGACACCAUCUACCAUAUCCAACCCUCUGGUCUCUUCAUCAUCGGUGGUCCUCAGGGUGACGCUGGUUUGACUGGCCGUAAGAUCAUUGUCGACACCUACGGUGGCUGGGGUGCCCACGGUGGUGGCGCCUUCUCCGGCAAGGAUUUCUCCAAGGUCGACCGCUCUGCUGCUUACGUUGGUCGCUGGAUCGCCAAGUCCCUUGUCAACGCCGGCCUGGCCCGCCGUGCUCUUGUUCAGCUGUCCUAUGCCAUUGGGGUUGCCGAGCCUCUCUCCAUCUACGUCGAUACCUACGGCACGUCGGAGAAGACGUCCGAUCAGCUCGUUGAGAUUAUCCGCAACAAUUUCGACCUGCGCCCUGGCGUCAUUGUCCGUGAGCUCAACCUGGACCGCCCCAUUUACCUGCAGACUGCGAAGAACGGCCACUUUGGUACCAACCAGUCAUUCAGCUGGGAGCAACCCAAGCAGCUCAAGUUCUAA